AUGUCCUCCCUUCCCCAAUCGAAAGUGAACCAAAAUAAGGAGAACGCGCUACAUUCUAAAAGCCACGAUUUGCGUUCCGAUAAGAGUAUCUCACGGAAGACAUCGAAGAGCGUGUUGCGAACCAAAUCCUCAAAUGCUAUCGUGAAACCCCAUGAGUUUGGAAAUUACAAUAAGAUUCGGAAGACCUCGACGCUAAACGACGUGCAUUUGUUUGAUAAUGAUCCGAACGCUGUCGCUGUCCGAAAGUUCAGAGUUCAACGCGAUUCGCCGCAUUCUAAAACUAAGCAUAAGCUUUCGGCAAAAGAGGAAUUUGAUUAUGAAGACGACAUUGAGAUCGUCCCAGCCGCGGAAGACGAGCUUCCUUACGUUCCGAAUGAAUUAACGCCGAUCCCGGAUGACCUUCUUGAUGAUGUAUUGAACAAUAAACGCAAGUCAACAAAAAGCAUCGAUGACCCGCUUGAAUUAGAUCUGUCAUAUUUGAAAGACAUGGAAGAACAAGAUUCUUUAGAAGGUGCCUUCAAAUCGAAUGAGUUGGUGUUGGAAUUCCCAGAAGAAGGGGAGGAGACAGCAUCUAAGAAGCUUGACAAAAUACGAGAGGAAACAGAGUUGCAUCACCACUACAAACCAAAGAGACUUUAA